AUGCCGAUGGUGCUCACCCUGCUCGUCUCCCUCUAUAAACUGUGCCGGUUCUUCGCCAUGUCGGGUGCGGAACGGCUGGAGGUGCCGGAGUGCGUGAACCAGGCUGCUGCCAGCUCCAGGGACCACCUGGAGUUAUCCCCUGGGGUGAACACGGAUGUACGGGCAGCCCUGGACCGCAUCCUGCCCGCCCUGCACCACGCCAUCGCCCAUGCCAAGCAGGCAGCCAGCCCCACGGAGCUGAGCAGGGCCAUUGCAGAGGUGUUCCAGCUGGUGGAGGAAGCGUGGGGGAUGCCCACGCUGGGGAGGGACGUGGCCAAAGUGCUGUGUGAUGUGAUCCGCCUGGAAGGGGGCCUGGACCUGCUGCUGAACCUGCUGUCCAUCCUGGUGGCAGAAAAUAGGGACCGGAUCGCUCGGAUCGGUUUGGGAGUGAUUCUGAACUUAGCCAAGGAGCGGGAUGUUCCCCAGCUGGCACAGAGUGUCUCUGGUAUCCUGGAGCACAUGUUCAAACACACCGAGGAGACCUGUUUCCAGCUCAUUUCAGAUGGAGGCCUGGAUGCUAUCCUCUACUGGUGCCGCUGGACGGACCCCAUCGUGCUGCGGCACUGUGCCAUGGCCUUGGCCAACUGUGCCAUGUAUGGAGGACAGGCCAACCAGCGCCUCAUGAUCGAGAAGAGGACAGCAGAGUGGCUUUUCCCCCUGGUGUUCUCCAGAGACGAUGAACUGAUCCGCCUGCACGCGUGCCUGGCCAUCGCGGUGCUGGCCACCAACAAGGAAGUUGAGAGGGAGGUGGAGCGCUCGGGGACGUUGGCUCUGGUGGAGCCGUUCAUCGCCUCGCUGGAUCCGGAGCAGUUUGCCUCUGAGAUGCUGGGCAGCAGUGACAACAGCCAGGGGAGGACAGCAGAUGACCUGCAGAGGCUGGUACCUUUGCUGGACAGCUCGAGGUUGGAAGCACAGUGCAUCGCUGCCUUCUACCUCUGCAUGGAGGCUGCCAUCAAAACCAGGCAGAAGAAAACAAAGAUCUUCAGUGAGAUUGGGGCUACUCAGAGCCUGAAGAGGAUAGUGUGCUACUCCACCAGCAGUACCACCUCCUCCCUGGCCAAGAAGGUGCUGCGUAUGAUAGGGGAGGAGGUUCCUCGGCGCAUCCUGCCCACAGUUCCCAACUGGAAGCCCUGUGAGGUGCAGACGUGGCUGCAGCAGAUCGGAUUCAACAGUUACUGCCAGAGGUUCCUGGACCACCAGGUGGAUGGGGACAUUCUCCUGAGGUUGACGGAGCAGGAGCUGCAGGAGGAUUUGGGGAUGGACUCAAGCAUCACUCGGAAAAGGUUUUUCCGGGAGCUGAGAGAGCUGAAGACCUUUGCAAACUAUUCCACAUGUGACCACAGCAACCUGGCUGACUGGCUGGGCAGCAUCGACCCCAGGUUCCGUCAGUACACGUACAACCUGCUCACGUGCGGCAUCAACCGCAACUUCCUGCACCGGGUGACGGAGCAGCAGCUGCAGGAGGACUGUCACAUCAACACCGGCUUCCACCGCGUCCGCAUCCUCACUGCUGCAAGGGAAAUGCUUCACUCCCCUAUAACGCUGCAAACGGCAUCCAAUGGCACUGAUGUAUUCAUCAGCUACAGGAGGAGCACUGGGUCGCAGCUGGCCAGCCUGCUGAAGGUCCAUCUGCAGCUGCACGGCUUCAGCGUGUUCAUCGAUGUGGAGAAGCUGGAGGCAGGGAAGUUUGAGGACAAACUGACCCAGAGUGUCAUGAGUGCCCGCAAUUUUGUGCUGGUCCUCUCACCCAAUGCACUGGAUAAAUGCAUGGGAGACUCUGAGUGCAAGGACUGGGUGCACAAGGAGAUUGUGACAGCCCUGAACUAUGGAAAGAACAUUGUACCUGUGACAGACCAUUUUGAGUGGCCAGAUCCAGAAACACUUCCCAAGGACAUGAGGGCUGUCCUGAAAUUUAAUGGUAUCAAGUGGUCCCACGAGUACCAGGAGGCCACAAUCGACAAAAUCAUCCGCUUCCUCCAGGGACGUUCUUCCAGGGACUCCUCGGCUGGGUCGGAGAACGGCCUGGACUGCUUGUCCUCCUUGGGGCAGGCCUAG